AUGAACGAACAACAAAAUCAAAUACAAGUCAAACAGCCAGAUACGAUGUUUACUUUAUUUGAUAAAUUUGACUAUGUAUUUUAUCCAGCACAAGUUAUCAAUCCACAUCAUAAAAAUGCUCGUGAUAAGAUGCUCAAACAAGUUAUCAAGCAUCAAGGCUUACUAGUUGAUGAUGAACCAUUAAUUAAAGGUAUCGAUGGUCAUAGUAUUUUUUCUGCUUUUGCUUUCCCACAUACAUCCGAAUUUCGUCUCACAUUACUUGAACAGUUUUAUGCCUGUGUUGCUUUUAUUGAUGAUACUUAUGAUAAAUUAGAAUGUAUUGAUUCACAUUAUACCCAAGCAAUAAGACAAAUUUUUCAUGAUCAACAUAAGAAAAUUGAAAUUGAACAAUUUAAUCGGUCACAAAUAAUGAUUUUAACAUUUCUUCAAAAGAUUUUUAUUCAAAUGAAACAAAAUUCACCAGAUAAUUGGUUUAAUCGAAUGAUGAAAAAUCUUUUAGAAUGGUUCGAAGCUACUGCUAAAUCCAAUCAUGAUGGUAUUGCUGUUCGACAUCUAUCAAUAGAUGAAUUCUUUAAAUUACGUUUAAUUGAAGUAGGAGUGAUUCCAGCACUGGACAUUAUUGAAUUUGCUCAUGAACGAUAUCUAUCGGAUGAAACUAUUUCUCAUCCAUAUUUUGUACGCAUUCGAUCGUUAAUCUGUGAACAUACAGCAAUUAGCAAUGACUGUUAUUCCUAUACCAAGGAAUGUAUCAAGAAUCAAUUAUCAUGUAAUUUUCUUGCUGUUCUUCUUUCAACUUCAACCAUGACGUUUGAUGAAGCUGUUAACGAAGGUAUUGAACGAUGCAAUGAUCUUAUUCGUAAAAUACUCGAAUUGGAGAUAUUAAUUAUCGAAGAAUUUCCUGAUAAUGAAGAUGUCAGUAUUAUUUUACGUGGAUACAAAGAAAUCAUUCAAGGUCAUCUAAUGUUUUCUCAAGCAUCGGCACGAUACAAGAGCAAUCGAUCACCAUUUGCUGAUUUAAAAAAACCUUCGUUGGACCACAUAAACAAUGAAAAGAAUAAAAACUAA